GUUUUUAUUUUUCACAAUAGAGGUAGAAGUUUAAAUUUCGCCAAAAAAAAGAAAAAAAAUACGAUGCCGGACCAGCGCAAGCGCCGCCGCUCUCGAUCACGUUCGCACUCGGAGAGCAAACGUCCGGCUGUGGAGCUGGACGAGGAACAGCGCAGAGAAGCAGAGCGCAUUGCUGCCAUCGCCAAACGUGCCGAAGAGCGAGCAGCUCAGCGCAGGGUGAAGGAGCAGGAAGAAGUCGCUCCUAAGUCGAAAGAUGCGGCUGCGAACGAGCGAAAGCUGCCGCUGAAGAUAGAAGAGACCUCGACAGCUACGGAUGAUCCUCCCUCUAAGCCUACGUUCCGCUCCAAGGCUCAGAGACAGAAGGACGCGCUCGAACGACUCGAGAAGAAGCGACAGGAGGUAGAGAAGCAGCGGAAGGAGACGGAAGAAGCUCGGCGCCAAUUUCUGCAGCGUCAACGGAGUGAAAGAGAGAGGGAUCGAAGCUCACGGUCCAAUGGUGACCGUCGUCGUGAUGACCGAGCUGUGAGCAGUUCAAGAGAUCGACGGGCAGCAGAUACUUCAUCUAAAAACGAGAGCAAACCGGCGCUACUGGAUCCGAGCGAGGCGAAGGCUCUACAAGCGCUGAAAGAUCAGUACUUGGGCAAGACAGUGAAGAAGAAAAAAGUGGUUAAGGCUAGCGAGAAAUUCUCGAAGAUUUUCCAGUUUGACUGGGAAGCUUCAGAGGAUACAAGCACGGACCUGAACCCGUUGUAUGCCCACAGGAUGGACGUAAACUUGCUGUAUGGACGCGGUUAUCGUGCCGGUGUGGACAUGCGCGAGCAGCGCAAGAAGAACUCGUUCUUGGAAGAGCUGAGCCACAAACGCCAGAAGGAACAACAACUCGCAGACGAGACGGACGGCAGCUUAACUAGUGAGCAGAUCGCAGCUAGACAGCAGGAACGUGAGCGUGCUCUGCGCAACAUGCAGGCUCGCGAACGAGACCGUAUCCAGGAGAUGGCUUCACGUGAGGCGAAAACUAUGGGCACGCACUGGUCGGAGAAGUCGCUGGAUGAGAUGAAGGAGCGUGACUGGCGUAUCUUCCGUGAGGACUUUGACAUUACUCUUAAAGGUGGGCGUGCUCCCAACCCGCUACGUAAGUGGAGCGAAGCAGGCACGAUGCUGCCUGACGCUGUGUACAAGGCCAUCAAGGACUUGGGCUUUGAGCGACCGUCACCUAUUCAGAUGCAGGCUAUUCCUAUUGGUUUGCAGAAGCGCGACAUCAUUGGUAUUGCUGAGACUGGUUCCGGUAAGACUGCAGCCUUCGUGAUCCCCAUUAUCGCCUACAUCUACUCGCUGCCGGCUGCCAUGGUGGCACGAACCGGUGAACAAGGUCCAUUGGCGCUGGUUAUGGCACCUACCCGUGAGCUGGCGCUGCAGAUUGAACAAGAAGCUAUUAAGCUGUGCAAGUACACGAGCGUGGGGCUGCCAGAGAAGAUGAACCCUAUCAAGACUCUGUCUGUCGUUGGUGGUCAGAGCAUCGAGGACCAGGGAUUCCGUCUCCGCGAGGGUGUAGAGAUUAUCAUCGGUACUCCUGGUCGUCUAAUGGAUUGUCUGGAGAGCCACUACCUGGUGCUGAACCAGUGCAACUACGUGGUAUUGGAUGAAGCCGAUCGUAUGAUUGAUAUGGGCUUUGAACCGCAGGUGGUGGCUGUGCUGGAGAACAUGGGAUCACUGUUAAAGUCCGAGAACGAAGAAGAGAUGGAACAACAACUUACGUUAGCGAACGGAGCGCAGCCAGGAGAAGAACUUCGGCACCGUCUUCGAGUCACGACCAUGUUCAGUGCUACGAUGCCUGUCGAGGUGGAGCGUCUAGCUAAGACAUUCUUACGACACCCGUCUAUUGUCAAGAUUGGUGACGAGGACUCUGGCAAGAACAAGCGCAUCGAACAGCGUGUCAUGUUCAUGAAUCCAGGAAAGAAACGCUCCAAGCUGGUGGAAGUGCUGCGUGACAUUCUCAGUGCGCAGAAUGUUCCAGUGCCACGGUCUCGUAAGGAGAAAGUGGUGGAUGGCGCUAAGAUCAUCGUGUUCGUCAACAUCAAGAAGGAGUGCGACUCUGUGGCCAAGUUCAUCUCAAGCGAAGGCUUCCGCUGCACUAUUUUACAUGGUGGUAAGACGCAGGAUCAGCGUGAGGAGAGUCUCAAGAUGUUCCGUGAAGGGUAUUGCGAUAUGUUGGUGGCCACGGAUGUGGCUGGACGUGGUCUGGAUAUCCCGGACGUGACGCACGUCGUGAACUUCGACUUGCCGUCCAAGAUCCAGAACUACUCGCAUCGUAUUGGGCGUACCGGUCGUGCCGGUAAGGACGGUGUAGCCAUCUCGUUCCUCACUGACGACGACGAGGAGAUCAUGUACGACCUCAAGCAAUACCUCGUGUCGACAGAGAUGCCUGUACCCAGUGAGCUGGCCAACCAUCCGUCCGCUAAGGCUGCUCCGGGUGCUCGUGACGAGAAAGGAAACGUCAUUGCUCGCUCCAAGCGCGACACCGUCAUCUACGCUAAGUGAGGGCGGCAAAACAUUGCAGAACGUGGGCUUUGUCUACUUCAUUUGGCGCUGUGUUGAUGUUUCUGUCCCUUUAUAUUUACUGGCUAACCUGGUUCUUAGCUGAUCUCUAUGGACACGCCGAGGUGGUGCGAGUCGCUGUCGUAGUGCCGCAAGUCCAUUUGAGCAGACACGCGCGUCUUUAGGUGCUUAGAGGUGCGCCAUUCGAAAGCUCCGACGAAGAUGCCAUCGGAGCCAAUGGAGCUAGACACAGUCUCUGUGUCUUUUAAGGCGUACUUGCCCAUGAGUCUAAGCGAUCGUUUGUCUUUCCUUCGAUCAAACACAAACCUUGAGCUCACCAUGAGCUCCGGUAACACUGUUUGGGUCAAGUCCAAUUGCACCUUGCGUCCUCCAUCAUUCCUAAAAAAAAAAGGAUUAGUAAUUCCAUUAAAAAAAAUUCAGCAAAAUUUCACUUACACUUGUAGCAAAGCGA